GGUCGGUUUGAAAGAGCCUGGGUCUGAGAUGAGAUUUUUUGAAUAAAAGAUUGUCUCGUUCGGUGUUCCUGGGGUUCGUUCAUCUUUCUCUUGUACCUAAGUGAAUUAAGAGAAAGAGGAAAAAUGCCGAUAGAAAUGCCCAAAGGAUUGCCUUUCUCAGUGGACACAUGGACUUCAGCUUCCAUGAGAAAGAGGCACCAUUUCCUCACACAUGCCCACAAAGACCACUCUUCUGGCAUUUCUUCCCUUUCCUCAUUCCCAAUUUAUUGUACUUAUUUUACCAAAACCCUCGUUCGUCAACAUUACACCCAGCUUGAAGAUUCCUUGUUUGUUGGUAUUGAGGUGGGCCAAUCCAUUGUUAUUGAUGAUCCUGACGGGGCCUUCACUGUUACUGCUUUUGAUGCGAAUCACUGCCCAGGAGCCGUAAUGUUCUUAUUUGAAGGAAAUUUUGGUAAUAUUUUACACACCGGGGAUUGCAGACUUAGCCCUGAGUGCCUACAGAAUUUACCUGAGAAGUAUAUUGGGAAGAAGGGAAAAGAACCACGGUGUCAACUUGAUUGUGUCUUUUUAGACUGUACUUUUGGAAGUUUCUUUCAGGAGAUGCCUAGCAAGCAUUCUGCAGUUCAAGAGGUUAUUAAUUGUAUUUGGAAGCAUCACAAUGCAUUGACUGUGUAUCUAAGCUGUGAUCUCCUCGGUCAGGAAGAAAUCCUUGUUAAUGUGUCUAAAACAUUUGGGGCCAAGAUAUAUGUUGAUAAAUCCAAAAACCCAGAAUGUUUCCAGAAUCUGACUCUUGCGGCACCUGAAAUCCUUUCUGAAGACCCAUCUUCUCGGUUCCAUAUAUUUGAUGGCUCUCCGGGGCUAUAUGAAAGAGCAUAUGUAAAGCUUGCGGAGGCCAGGCAUAACCACCAGUCGGAGCCUCUCAUUAUACGCCCUUCUGCACAGUGGUAUGCUUGUGAAGACAGGUUUUCUGAACUUGAGAACACCAAGAAAAAGAGAACACAUGGAGCAGUUAAGGAUCAGUUUGGCGUUUGGCAUGUCUGUUACUCAAUGCACUCAUCUAAAGAAGAAUUAGAAUGGGCACUUCAACUUCUUUCACCUAGGUGGGUUGUUUCAACAACCCCCAGCUGCAGGGCCAUGGAGCUGGAUUAUGUUAAGCGGCAUUGUUUCAAAUCAAACAUAGCUCUGAAUAAAUCUCUCUGUAAGCUUCUGGAUAUGACUGUGGAAACAAGUUUAGAUGCUGGUACAUUGGUUAAAUCUUUAAACAGCAAACAUGUGCUUGAAAUGACCCCUCAGCCAUGUGCUCAAACUCAGCCACCUGGUAAACAGAGUAAUGAGACUAGGGCACUUAUAGAAGUGUCUCCUCCAGGAAAGUUGCCUGUUACAUUAUUUGGCAGAGCGAGACUUGGUUUUCAAGAUGUUAAUUUUUCUCAUGGAGGGUGUAAUAGUGUGCCCACAAGUGGCCUUUCGCAAACUGUUUCAAGCAAUACAGGACAAGAAUCGUUUUACCAAGAGAAGGACGAUGAAGUAAAAUUGGACAAGUUACAAGAAAGCACAAACGAUUUAUAUAAAGUAAAGUAUCAGCAGUCACAGGAUCAGGAGACAAGAGUUCGCAAGAGUACCACUUAUUUAAACAUUGGAUCUUCAGGCUUUAGUGAAGGUGUUAGAAAGUUGUAUAGGUUAAUGAACGUUCCUGUGCCUGAACCCCUUCCCUCGUUAGUGGGACUUCUGAAUCGCAAUAAACGUCUCAAGAGGGGCUAAAUCAUUUGUAUUGCAUGUUCGGAGGUAUAUUCUUUAUAGAUUGCGAGAAAGCUUAUCUGGUUCUUUGUCAAACUAGCGUCUCCAUUGCUGGAAUACUUUAGAAGAAUAAGCAGAAGACGGAGGGAAUCGUAUGCAGAAGCAUUAUAUGGGUGUCGCCAGUCUGUUGACUGUAGUAAAGAAGUUCCUAUUAAACAAGUUAUUUGCAAUGCAUCGCGUUUGCUUCGUUUGUUGGGAAUUUGGGUGCAGAGGCGCUGAUGAAUCAUACAAGCCUUUAUACCAAAAACAGCAAGCAUUUAUGGCCAUCGAAAGGGUGCUUAAUAGUUACAUGGCUGUGACAUGCACAAUAAGUUCAGGCAAAAAUAAAAAGGAUGUGCUAUCAAUAUUUUUUCUGAGAAAAAAAAGUUACGUGUAACAAGCCACGCCCCGCCUUUUAUAACCUUAUCACCUGUCAGGAGAAUUCUUUUUUGUCAUUUAUACUGGCAAAUCUUUUUUUUUAAUGCUUGUUUUGCCAUACUUGUAAAUGCUUAUGAAGAUGAAUAUUAUUUGCAUGUAGUUCAUUAUUUAUUCAUUCAUUCUAAAUUA